UAUCAUUAUCAUUGUCGAUCAUUGUUGUCCCAUUUAUUACAUAUUUCUAUAUAAAAUGAGUACUAAACUUAGUGUAGGUGUUAAAAAUACACUGACAUUAUCAGUAAAUGAUAUUACUUCAUCAGUAACUUCUGCUGCUGUAUCAUUAAAAUUUGUAAGAAAAAUAAUACCAUUAGUAAUCGAAAACAUAGUAUAUCAUCGUCUUGAUCUUGAGGAAAAUCUGUUUGAGAAGAAGUCAGUUAAAGACUGGGAUUAUAUGGCUUUUAAAGCAGGCAUUCGCAACAAACACACUACAAGUGUUUAUUGGUUGUGUCGAUCAAUUGCAGGCGCAAUUGCAAAAAAAGAGAUUGAAAAAAUAUUUCUCUUCUUCACAAACAAGAAUAAUAAAGAAUCUAUUGAAUACUACAUAUUUAAUUUGGAAUAUAAAGAUUUAAUGCCGGAAGAAUCUGUUAAUGGAAACACUUUAUUAUCGCAUACAAAAAAAAUAUUUGAAGUUUUAAACUCGUUAAGUGAUAACUUUUCUCGACUUAAUCCUAAUGAAAUCGAAAUAAUAUUUGAAUUUAAAACUCUCGGACCAAGCUCCUCAGUGAAUGUACCAUAUUUUACACCAUUAACUUCCACUGGGUAUUCAACAAAAAUUAGUAAAAAAGCAACAAUACCACUAGGACGACUUGACACUGGAUAUCAUCGACUUCGUUUAGAUGCGGGGGGAAUGUUUGAACAACAAGAAUCGCAAAAUGAUGCAAAUAAUGUUGCAAGUGAAAACGAUAUAAAAGACAUUGAAAAUUUAGAAAACACAUCACCUAGAGGCGUUAAACGUAAAAAUGGCACACCAACACGAUUUGGUGAACCUGAAUUUAAUUCUCUUUCCUUACUAACACCUGAGGCUAAUUACUUAGAUACCAGCUUCAAAUCAUCGGGUUCUAAAAGACCACGAAAACGAAGCAUGUCCAUGGAUUCCAUGAUACGGAUAAUAGACGAGGACAUCUCAUCUAAGCGAUAUCAAGAAAACAAAAGUUUUAAUCAGACUCUUUGCACAGAAAUUAAUUUAGUAACACCUCCAAAACAGUUUAAUGAUAUUGAUAUAACGUUAAGUGACGAUGGUAUCGGGGACACCAAUAACUCUCCAACUUAUUUACAACCGGAUGAAAUUCGUCUAGAUAACACAAUCAAUUGUUUCUGCAAAUUGAACUAUUCGUUGGGUUUGAGCAGAACUUUAACUUGCACAAUUUGCAAUAGAAUAAUGCAUACGAUUUGCGUCGGUUAUCAAAAUGAUGAAAACGCACCAAAUAAUUCGUAUAUUUGUCUUAAAUGUGGCGAGAAAGAGAAACCUGCCACAGAUGUAAAGCUCGCACGUGUAAAAGAAAACGAUGUAGUCAGUCUGUGCUUGCUGAGACUCGUUUUGCGUUAUUAUAUCGUUAAUAAAACGUUACCAAAAGAUUUGAUUGAAGUGAUAGAUUUGAAAGUACAAGAAAAACUUAAGAUAAAUCUUCGAAAGAUACCUGGCGUGAAAAUAACUAAUGAUAAUAUGUUAGAGAUAGAAAAACAUUACCAAUUUGGACAGUUUAUGGCCGGGUUUUUCUAUGAUGGAUUUAAUAUUGAUUUAAAAACUCCUGAUAGUAUGACACUUUAAAUUAUUUUAAUGUUAUUUGUUUCA